GACUCAGCCAACCCGGUGGUUCCCCCUCCCAUUCCCCCACUCUCAAGGGCAUACGAAAGCCUUGUCAAGGCUGAGAAAGUUAAUUCCUGAAGCCUGUGGUCUGCGGGUGUUGGCAGUAAUACUACCUCCCUUUUUCUACCCCGAGUCAGAUAGAAACAAACAUGGGAACUGUGUUUUGCUAGCAACCUAUCAACAAGGUCUUGUGACCCAUUCAGAAAGUUCGCAAGGUACACAGAACUAAAUGUUUUGGCUGGCAGUGAUCAUGUGAAACCUGUUUAUUCUUAGAAUGACCUGAUCCAUAAGAGUCUUAUAUUAUAAAAGAUUGUGUACAGCAACAAUAAAGCCGUCACUUGGGCCAUCAGCCCAGGGGACCUUCCUGUUCCCAAACUUUCUCUCUUCUCUUUUUUUCUUGCAUUCCCCUACCCUCAGGACCCUGACCUCGGUGUUUGUCGCGCCGGUCGCGACAAGUGGCUCCCGAACAGGGACCUGAGACAACAAGGAGGAAAGCGAAAGCAGACCGUGCGGCGUCUAAUUCAGAUUAUUCCCAAAAGGCCUGGCAUUCAUUCCUUCAAGAAACACCUAUGGCUAUUCUGGAAGUGCAAAGGGAAACAAGGAGACCUUUAGUGGCUCCUUUAAGAGAUAUGGGUCGACCUCCUAACAAGGUACAGGUACACCACAAGAUUAUCCCACAAACCAUUUUGCAAUCCCCUGAAGGAAGAAUUCAUUCUGAUCUUUGGAAGUUAUAUGCUACCUUUAAUAAAAUAUAUACUAAUUACAGCUUUAGUUUUCCAGAAUAUUAUGUUUCUCCAGUUCUGCAAUUGUGUGCCUGUGCUCCUCCACCCUACUAUCUGAUUGUUGGAGAUGGGACCAUUACUCCAGUGAAAGAAGAUGGUCAUCAGUUAUACCGGCUGACUUGUCCUGCUUGUGAACGGCUGCGCAGGACCAAAGGGUUUCUUGGACUCUUAAUUGCUGGACUCAUAGCAGCAGUGACUGUAAUUGCCUCUGCAACUGUAUCUGUAAUAUCCUUACAUGAAAGUGCCCAAACGGCAUCCCAUGCAAAUGAAUUGGCUCAUAAUGUAUCCAAGGUGUUUGUCACUCAAAAACGAGUAGACCAUAAAUUGGAAGCCCAAUUAGAGGCACUACAAGAAGCAUUAAUGUAUCUUGGUGAUCAGUUUGCUGUUUUGUGUACCAGACUUUCUUUAAUUUGUCAUGAUGCAUAUAAACAUAUCUGUGUUACCCCUUUAGAGUAUACCAAUAUGACAUGGGGACAAGUGCAUCCUCAUUUACAAGGGGUUUGGGAUGAUGCUAAUACUAGCUUAGACUUCUUACAGCUGCAAGAAGAGAUAAAUGCUGUUGCAAGUAGCUCACUCAGUUUCCCUGACCCUGGAGAUCUCGCUGAAACCAUACUGCACCAACUUAAUGGGUUUAAUCCAUUUAAUAUUCUUCAGCAUUCCUUCUGGAUCUUUACUGGAAUUGUUUCCGUAAUAUCUGUUAUACUUGUCUUGCUGUGUUGUUUCUGGAGAUGGGGUCUUACUGCCUUUACCACAUACCAAGCCAGGAUGCACAUGUUGCAAUUACAAACAAUAGGGGGACAUGUGGGGGGCCGGGCCCCGGUGCCAGGCUGAGACCGGGUCGAGCAAAGGCUCCCUGUCGACUCAGCCAACCUGGUGGUUCCCCCUCCCAUUCAUGUGGGAGGCC